AUGUCAGCCGCACGAUCUGGAGUAACGGGAAUAUCGGCUCUGCUCCGGCAGCUGGUCAUGCCGCACCUCGCCGUCCAACUCCAGGACGGCCGGUCGAAGAUCAUCAAGCAGGCGUGCAACCUCGUGUCAGCAAUCGCCGAGUGCCUGUCCGGGGAUUUCGAAGCAUGCGCGGACAUCGUGCUUCAGGAGCUGAUGAAGCUGCUGGGGUCGUCCGCGGCUAUCAUGGCCGACUCAGCAGACUCCACCAUUCGAACUGUGGUGAUGCGAUGCAGGCCCUCUCGCACGCUGAGCAAGGUCUUUGAGACGGCCCGGGCAUCAAAGAGCACAGUCGUGAGGAGCAGGUGUGCGGAGUACGUGCUGCUGGCGUUGGAGGUGUGGGGCCCGCAGGGCGAGCUGGUUACGCUGGUGGAUGCGACUGAGAGCAGCAUUCGCAGUGGCGUGCAGGAUGGCACGCGGGAGGUGCGAGCCACAGCCAGGCGCAGCUUCCGGGAGUUUUCCCACUUGUGGCCGGAGAGGGCCGCCCGGCUGCACUCCUCGUUUGACAUCACGGUGCAGAAGGUCACAGCUGCUGCUGCAGCAGCAGUGAGGGUAGUGGCAGGGGCAGGCGGAGGAGGAGGAGGAGGAGGAGGAGGAGGAGGAGGAGGAGGAGGAGGAGGAGGAGGAGGAGGAGGAGGAGGAGGAGGAGGAGGAGGAGGAGGAGGAGGAGGAGGAGGAGGAGGAGGACUCAGAGGAGAAAGAGGAGGGGCUGUAGCAGGGGGAGGAGCAGCAGGAGCAGCUGUAGCAGCAGAUGUUGUGGGAUCGAGGGCUGCAGGGGCAGCUGGGAGGGGAGAUCGGAUUGGUCCGCAGAGAGUGAAAUUAACGAGUGAGACUGACACUGCUGCUGGUUCUGCCGCUGCUGAGAGUGAUGAUUAUGAUGUCGAUUCUGCAAGAGACGGGGUGUCAUCUGCGGAAGGUUCACCUGGGAGGACUGAGGCGAACCUAUCCCCCAAGAUAGUCCGCGUUUUAAACUUCGAUUCUGCUAGCCGCACCACUGCUGCUUCUGCUGGUGUUCCUGUGGACAGUGUUCCUAUGAAAGAGAAUGUCCAUGGGGGUUGGGGUGGAGGAGCAGAAGCAGGGGGAGCAGCUGAGGGAGGUGGUGCAUGUGGGGUUGGGCCGAGGAGGCAGAGGCACAGCAUUGCUGCAUCAACUAAUCUCGAGGGCUUAGUGCUUUCCCGCAAUCACGAAGGGCUGCUGCCUUCAAGACCUCUGGGAACUGCUGCGAACCGGGUGGGGCGAGGGGCGCUGGGGGAACGGGAGGCGGAGGGGAAGGGGGGAGUUGGGGUGCGAACGGGGAACGUGAGUGGAGGCGGAGUUGGGGGAGGUGGGAUUGGGGGGGUUGGGGUUGGGGGUGCUGGUGGGGAGAGGAGGGCGGUGCAUGCGAGGAGGUCUGUUGGGGGGUUAGUGCGACACCUGGACAGGGUAAUGGAGCUGCUAGUAACGGGGAUGGAAUUCGCCCACACCAAGGUCGCGUCCUCAGCUCUGCCCUCCUGGAAGAUCUGGUGCUGCACUGCCCGCCCAUCCUCACCCCUCCCCACCUUGACAAAUGGCUUCCCCCCUCUCUUCUCCCCUGCUUUCCACCCCUGGCAGCACCUGGACAGAGUAGUGGAGCUGCUAGUAGCGGGGAUGGAGUUCGCCCACACCAAAGUCGCCUCCUCAGCUCUGGCCCUCCUAGAAGACCUCGUGCUGCACUGCCCGCCCAUCCUCACCCCUCCCCACCUUGACAAAUGGCUUCCCCCCUCUCUUCUCCCCUGCUUUCCACCCCUGGCAGCACCUGGACAGAGUAGUGGAGCUGCUAGUAGCGGGGAUGGACACCUGGACAGAGUAGUGGAGCUGCUAGUAGCGGGGAUGGAGUUCGCCCACACCAAAGUCGCCUCCUCAGCUCUGGCCCUCCUAGAAGACCUCGUGCUGCACUGCCCGCCCAUCCUCACCCCUCCCCACCUUGACAAAUGGCUUCCCCCCUCUCUUCUCCCCUGCUUUCCACCCCUGGCAGCACCUGGACAGAGUAGUGGAGCUGCUAGUAGCGGGGAUGGACACCUGGACAGAGUAGUGGAGCUGCUAGUAGCGGGGAUGGAGUUCGCCCACACCAAAGUCGCCUCCUCAGCUCUGGCCCUCCUAGAAGACCUCGUGCUGCACUGCCCGCCCAUCCUCACCCCUCCCCACCUUGACAAAUGGCUUCCCCCCCUCUUCUCCCGCGUGGCUGACACUGGGAAAGACCAAGGGGAGGCUGUGCAGGUGCUGCUGCCGGUGUUAGAGAGGGCUUUGGAGGGGCAGAGGGGGCCGAGGGUAAGUGACGUGCUAUGCGUGAUGCUGGAGCGGGCGUUGGAGGGGCAGAGGGCGCCGAGGGUGCGGGUGUGUGUGGUGGAGUUUGCAGAGCAGGUGCUGAGGGGGAGGGCGGGGAGAGAGGAGGAGAGAGAGGAGGGAGGGGAGGGGGAGGACGGGGGUGAGGAGGGGGAAGGAGGGAGGCAGCGUUGUGGGAGUGCAUUGGCUCGGGUCAGAAAGAGCACAGCGGAAGCCAAGAGCAUCAGGCAGUGGGGCGUGCGUCUCCUCCCACUGCUCAAGGACCCAAAGACCCGCCUGCCAGCAGCGCGGUGUCUGGGGGAGGUGGUGGCACAGAUCGGCCCUGUGUUCCUGGCAGCUCACAUUGAUUCGCUCCCUGACUCGGAACUGACUGACUUCCUUGCGCUGCUAGACAGGGCGGCACAGCCGGAUGUAGCGGUGGCUGUAGCAGAGUUUGUGCAGGGGAGUCAGAUUCACGGGCAUGGACAUGGCAUGUCGACAGCUGGGCCGAGACACGAACGAGCGUCGGGAGCAGCUCGAGCAUCGGCAACAUCCGCCGACUCAGGCAUGCACAUAGCUGGUCUCACUGAACGAGACAGUGGGCAGGUGGUGUGGGAGGGGGGAGACGAUGGGGGAGGAGUGGGAGAGCGAGAGGCAUUAAGGGAGGAUGAGGGAUGGGAAGAGGGAGAAGAUAGACGGGGAGGUGAGGGCGCAGGUGAGGAGUCUGAACAAGAGGAGGGUGGAGACGAGGGUGGAGACGAGGGUGGAGACAAGGAAAGGCGUGCUGAGGGGGAGAUGUAUGGUCAAGUGCCAAUUGCGACUGGUGAGAAUGCGGUGCAAGACGGUAUGGACCCUUUCUUUGCGGCGCCCCAAACGAUUCAUGGUGAAGAGCCUAUUGCGACUGGUGAGAAUGGGGUGCGAGGCGGAGCAUCAGCAGAAUCUGCUGCCUCUGAAGCAUCUGCAGAGGCAUCUGCUUCGACAGCCGUCACCGACUCAGCAGUGGAUUCAGCAGCCCAUCACUUAGCUAAGCACGUCUCGCUAAGUUCUGCUGUGGACUCCCCGGGUGCAGCUCACAACCCCUCUUUUCUUCCAAGCUAUGCUCCUCUUGCUACAGAUGAAUUCGCUAAGAGAGAUGAAAGGCUGCUUGACCAAGGGCCAUGGGGAGGAAGAGCGGAAAGUGGGGAAGGGGGUGCUUGUGCUGGUGGGGAGGAGUGGGUAGGGUGGGAGGAGGAGAGGGAAGAGGUAGAUGAUGCGUGGGUGGCAGCUGAAAUCGCUGAUGCCAUGAUGUGGGCGACCGGGAGAGAAGAGAUGUUGGAUGUGUGUGGCCAGGAGUGUAGACUUAGGUUGGGAGAUCAAGACAAGUUCAAGAAUGAGAAGGCUGAGGGUGGUGAGAGGAGGGAGGAACAGAAUGAGAUGGAUGUUGUGGAAUAUUAUUCGUCGCUUUUUGGGGUCCCCGGGGUUUUGGAUGCUGCGAUUGGUGCUCCAGAGGGCAACCUAGAACGAAUUAGUUAUGUGGCCCUCGGGUUAGGCAUGAUAGUGACGUCAGCGCUGGUCAUCUGGAAGGGCCUCAUGUGCUGGACCAAUAGCGAGUCGCCAGUUGUCGUCGUGCUCUCAGGCUCCAUGGAACCCGGCUUCAAACGAGGCGACAUUCUCUUUCUCCACAUGAACCCAACGCCGCUCUCUGUGGGGGAGAUUGUGGUCUUCAACGUGGAUGGUCGAGACAUUCCCAUUGUGCACCGUGUGAUCAAGGUCCACCAAGAGGCCGACCCUGACGAGUUUCAGGCACUCACAAAGGGUGACAAUAACGAAGGGGACGAUCUGCCACUGUAUGCGGAAGGGCAGCUGUGGCUGCGCAAGAAGCACAUCAUUGGGCGCGCCAUGGGGUACCUCCCCUAUAUCGGCUACGUCACCAUUAUCAUGACUGAACACCCCUACAUCAAGUUCAUUCUCAUCGGUGUUCUCGCUAUUCUUGUCCUCACAUCCAAAGACUAA